AGGGCCAGAAAAUGGGGGGAGAAGGAGAGAGAGAGAGAGGAGGACUUCCUGCCGCCUGGGCUCCCCCAGGCCUUGCAAAAGUGGUUGCUCCCGAACUGUCAAAGACUGCAAGAAGGAAGCCGGCAGAGCAAGGUGCAUCUCAUGACCUCCUGUCCCCUUGGAGGCCUGUGCAAAAAAGAAACCACAUUGUACAGUAUUAGCUUGGAUGCACAGUUGUCUCUGGGGGCAUACAUUGUAUCUGCUUGCAUCCCUUAUCUCUGCUUGGAUACAAUGUUGCUCUGGCUUUUGGGAAGCAUGGCCGCCUUCUUUGGCCUCCUGGACGGCUGGUACCUGCUCCGGAUGCCCGUCACCUUCCUUUACGCCCGCUGGGUCCUGCCCGCCAUCAAGGACCUGCUGGCGGAGCAGAGCUUCCAAAGCCGGGUCCUCCUCUCCGACCUGGACUUCUUGCUACACAUGAAUAAUGCCCGCUACCCUCGGGAGGCCGACCUGGCCCGCUCCGUCCACUUGACCCGCUGCGGGCUCUUCCGGGCCAUCCGGGCCCUCGGGGGCCACACGGUCCUCUCCGCCUCCUCCUGCCGUUUCCGACGCUCCUUGCAGUUCCUGGAGCCCUUCAGGAUUCGCACUCAGCUCCUGGGCUGGGACGAGCGGGCCUUCUUCCUGGAGCAGCGCUUCGUCAGCGGCCGUGACGGCUUCGUCUGCGCCGUGUUGCUCGUCCGGCAGCAUGUGGUUGGGGCCGCGCCAGGGAAGGCCGUGGAGUACCUCUGCAAGAGGAAGGUGGAGUCUCCAGAACUUCCGGAAGAGGUCCUCUACUGGAUGAAAUACAAUGAAACCAGCAGCCGAAGACUCCGGGCAGAAAGCGUUCCCCAGGAAAACAGCAAAGACCAGUAGUCUUUCAAGGUGUCCGUUGCUUGUUCUUCUCUGAAGUAUACUUGCACUUCCAUGGAUUUGCCACAGGUGAUGAGGUCUCUUCUUUAUGACAACUGUUGCGAUAUCAGUUGAUGGCCCCGCUCAACACUUUGGACUAUCAUAGCAACAGAGCCUGAGAAACGAACGGCUAAUAUCAUUCCCAAAGAAGUGGGACCAUUCCAUGGGGUCCCAUCAUACUGAUGGCCAGCCACAUCAACAUAAUGUUGUGGUAGCCAAGCUAAAGAGCAAGGCUGUUGUACAUCCUUUACAGUAUUGUCUCUAGAUGUUCCAGCAGAGGUGGAUUUUAAUAGAAAUCCACCUUAUGAUGGACAUAAAGUGAGGAUAAGUUUGAAUUAUAAUUUAAGGCCUUUAAGACGCACAUUCUUUGAGCAUCAUUGGAGAAGAGUCCUCUAAAGAUAGCCAACCCUGGUAAUUCUGUGAUGACUACUAUGGCACUCAUAACUUAAAAGGAUUAAAUAUAGAUCUGUGAAGGAAAACCCCACUCAUCCUUUUGUUUUAGGGACCACCACAGAACGAAAGCACUGGAGAAACCGAAGAGUAUAUUCAACUCAGUCUUACAAUGCUAGGAAAACUCUUGGGAGGGUCAUCUACGUAGUGGCAAAUUAAUCUGUAGCAGGGUAGGUGUUGUGCAGUCUUCCAGAUGUUGUUGGACUACAACUCCCAGCAUUCCUCUCUGUUGGCUAUGCUGGCUGGUACUGCUGGAACAUGACUCCAACGACAUCUGGAGGGGCACACAAUUCUCAACCCAGAUCUGAAGUGAGGGAUUGUCUUGCUUCUAAGUCCAUGUUCUUAUUCUACUUCCUUAAUGCUUUAAAUAGGCUUUCUCUAGACUUGGUCUAGGUCUUUUAGACUAUAGCUCCCAUUGUCAUUUGACUGUCAGCAGGGAAUGAUGGAAGCUGUAGUCCUAAUCUGAACAAAUCUCUAGAUGGAGAAGGAUGUUUAAAUUGGAAAUAUGUGUGCAUGCAUUAAAUGAACAUAGAACACACACACACACCUUACUUGCUACAAUGCAGAGUGUGUGUGUGUGCUAGAAAUGGGAGCUUGUGGUUUCCAUCUCAGCAGGGUAGUAAAUCCACUGUGGGUUUUAGUCCAGACUUUUAAAGGAACUGCCCAAGAUGCUGAACCUAUUUGAGUGGGUUAGAGUUCAGUGCCUUGGAUAGUGCCUCCAAAGUUCAUACUGAAAUCCAAAGCAGAUUCACAGCUUCAUAGAUGUGGAAACCGGCACUCAUGCAAUGUAGAAGCCACUGCAGGAAAUGUACGACUCUUGCUGUUGCCCAACUGACUGUGUUUGGAACAGAGGAAGAUUUUUAUUAUUAUUAUUAUUAUUA